ACUCGAUUUCACCAAAAUAUUUUCGUGAAAAUAGAAAAUACGCAGGUGAUCGAUUUACUGUGUUUAAUUUAAUUUUCCCAUCAAAAUGGAUGUAUCCAAAGUGGAAAAAAGCAAGAUUCUUGCUCCCAACAUGGCCGUGAACGCUGUUUUGGUCCCAAGUCAGGAAUUGCCAGCUGAAACGCCUAUUGUGUCUGGUUACGAUUGGGAAAAUGGGACCGAUUACAACAAAAUCCUAGAUAGCUACUCCAGAUCUGGUUUCCAAGCCACGAGCUUCGGAAAAGCUAUUGCUGAGAUCAACAAAAUGCUGAAAUGUCGGUCCAUUGCUUUGACGGAAGAAACGGGCGAUCCGUACGAAGAAGACUCUUUUAUCAAGAAGAAAACUAACUGUACUAUUUUCUUAGGAUACACAUCUAACAUGAUAUCGUCAGGGCUUCGCGAUACUAUAAGGUUUUUAGUGAAAAAUAAGCUUGUAGACUGUAUUGUGACGACUGCAGGGGGUGUGGAAGAAGAUUUUAUCAAGUGCUUAGCACCAACUUAUGUCGGAGACUUCAAUUUAAGCGGAAAAGUGCUCAGAACCCGUGGAAUAAACAGGAUUGGUAAUUUACUAGUGCCAAAUGACAAUUACUGCAAGUUUGAAGAAUGGGUCACACCAAUUCUCGAUGAAAUGCUUGAGGAACAGUCGAAAACAGGCAUACUUUGGACACCUUCAAGGAUUAUAGCUAAAUUAGGCGAAAAAAUCAACGAUGAAAGCUCAGUUUGCUAUUGGGCCUGGAAGAACAAUAUUCCGAUCUUCAGUCCGGCACUCACAGACGGAUCUUUAGGAGAUAUGAUGUAUUUUCACUCGUUUAAGCGGCCUGGCCUUGUUAUUGAUAUAUUAAGCGACUUAAGAAGACUGAAUACUAUGGCUGUUAAAGCCAAUAACACUGGUAUGAUUAUAUUAGGAGGUGGUGUUAUAAAACAUCACAUUUGUAACGCUAAUUUAAUGAGAAAUGGAGCGGAUUUUGCUGUUUAUGUGAAUACGGCAAGUGAAUAUGAUGGCAGUGACGCUGGGGCGAGGCCUGAUGAAGCAGUGUCUUGGGGAAAGAUAAGGCCAAACGCUACACCAGUGAAGUUGUAUGCCGAUGCCACUUUGGUCUUUCCUCUGAUUGUAGCCCAAACAUUUGCAAAGUAUCAUUUUAGCAAUAAAAAGAAUGUGUAACAAAGCAACCUU